AUGGGCGCACAACAUACUAAGGAGCGUCCGCGUCGUACAUAUCACCCGAAACUUGAUCAUGAAUUGCAAAUAAACACACCUACAUCUUGGAUCCAAAAUCACAACCCUACAACGAACUUCAAAGUUUCUGUAGCGCACACAUCUCAGAUAAAUCAACCCAGUGAUCAACUAUUAAUAGCUUUGUUUGAUUUCAUUCCACCAAAUACACCAGAAAACCAGUCACAAAUUAGAGUAGAGAAAGGCGAUCGUCUACAGCUGUUUGGUUACAGUGCAGAUGGUGAUUGGUCAGACGUUGAAUGUAUACGAACUAAUGAACGUGGUUGGAUACCAACAAACUAUACAGGUCGCAUUCCUGUUCCUCCUAAUGAUCACGGUACAGCUUUGAAUACUGGAUCAGCUUCCGGCAGUUCACUUACUUUCCAACAUACUAGUAGUCACGAUGUUAGUUGUAGUGGUAGUCAAGGAAGUUUGGCUGGAGUAGGGCUGGAGUCAGAAAAGUGGUAUCAUGGUGCUAUUCAGCGAAGUUAUGCAGAAUAUUUACUCAAUAGUGGAAUCACAGGAAGUUUUCUCAUCAGGGAAUCAGAAAGUCAUCCAGGUCAGCUCACAAUAAGUCUUCGUUAUGAAGGACAGAUAUGGCAUUAUCGUAUCCAUCGUGAUGAUUCUAACAUGUAUUACGUUAUUGAAUCCAACAAGUUUACAUCAGUCUCUGACCUUGUACAUCAUCAUGAGAAGCAUUCAGAUGGUCUGGCCUGUACAUUAUUAUACCCAGCACCUAAACGAGACAGAACAAGUUCAGAGCUACGCAUGGAUCCCAGUUUCGAUAUACGUGAGAUAGAUCGGACCGAAAUAGUUAUGAAACAUAAAUUAGGAUCAGGACAGUAUGGUGUAGUAUAUGAGGCUGUAUGGAAACCUUAUAAUGUAUUAGUUGCUGUUAAAACACUUAAGGAAAAUGUCACAGUUCGUGAUGAAUUUUUAGAAGAGGCUCGUUUGAUGAAAAGCUUAAGACAUCCAAAUCUUGUGACUUUGUUAGGUGCGUGUACUCGGGAACCACCUUAUUAUAUUGUCACAGAAUUUAUGUGUAAUGGGAACUUUUUAUUACAUAUGGCAACUCAAGUUGCUAGAGGUAUGGCUUAUUUGGAACAACACAACUUUAUACAUCGUGAUUUAGCAGCCCGCAAUUGUCUAGUUGGCACACAACAUACCAUUAAAGUGGCAGAUUUUGGUUUAGCUCGUUGUAUAGAACGUGAUCUUACUUAUCGAGCUCAUGAAGGCGCUAAAUUUCCUAUAAAAUGGACAGCACCAGAAGGUUUAGUCUAUAAUCUGUUUUCAACUAAAUCAGAUGUAUGGGCAUUUGGUAUAUUGUUAUGGGAAAUUGCCACCUAUGGAAAAACACCAUAUCCAGGUGUUGAAUUACAAGAUGUUUAUGUUUUAUUAGAAAGAGGUACACGGAUGCUUUGUCCUGAAGGUUGCCCUGAACCAGUUUAUGAACUUAUGUUACAAUGUUGGCAAUGGCUUCCAGAACAACGCCCACCAUUUUCUGAUAUAUUAAGUCAAUUAGAAUCUAUGCCAACCAAUUCUACAAUGGAAGAGGAAGAACAAAUCGAUUUUGAUAUAACUUCUACUACAUCGUCAUCAUCGUUAUUAUUAAAUAACAAUGAAAUAAAGGUGACCAACUCUAGCGAGCCAAACAGAUCCACUAAACAUCCACCUAAUAUUGCGUAUCCCCGACCGCCACUGCCUCCUAGACCACCCCCACCAAGAAGAAGCACCAGUUGCGAUUAUUUAAUUGAUGAGAAUGAUGAUAAUCAAUUUGAUAUGAUUAAAGAGGAUUGUAAAUCCGAUUUGGGUAGUGAUAUACCAGUAAAUGCUAUAAAUAAUAACAAUAAUGUUAACCACAAAUCUCAUAAAGGUAUAUUUACAAGGAGUUUUAAGAAUCCCCUUUCGAAACAAUUACAUAUUGGUGAUUUAAGUACUGAUGAGUUUGGUACUGCUGAAAAAGAUCUACCAUUUACAAACUCAGGAUCUCUUGGGCGUAAAAGAACUGCACCGCGACCACCAAGACGUACUACACCAGUUAAACCGUUGAAUUUCUUAACUGAUUUUAAUUCAUUAGAAGAUAAUAGUUGUGUUUGCCCGAAUUCCCAUCUGGAUGACUUUGAUCAUCCACCACUGCCACCCCCACCAGUUCAUCUUGAUUCUAGUCAUCAUCAAAUACAUCAACCCCGAUCACAACAACAUCCUCGUCUAGCACCACAGUCUAAUAAUGUGCCAUCAGUUAUGAGUAGUUCUGCAAUUUUCCCUUCUCGUCAAUUUUCAUAUGUGGAUCCCAUUCCGUUAGAUAACAGCCUGACAAGAUCAAUUUGUCCUGAUCGUCUAAUAUCACCACUUGCUCCUCCCACACCAGGUAAACAUAUUCAGCUUUCUUCAAAGUCACCAGCUUUAUCGAAAACCACUGUAAAUUCGGAUUUAUCUAACAAAACUAAUCCCGUUGUAGAUCAUUCCCACAAUAAGCGCAGUAUAGAUUCUAAUUUUCCUAAUGAAUCUUAUUCAGGGAAUAAUGUUUCUUCUAAGCAAAAUGUUCAUCCUACCAAUGUUUCAUCAUCUGUCUUUCAAGAGGAAUUACGAGAUAGAUUAAAAAAGCAUUCUCAACAGCUUAAAAGUUCAUCUCAGCUGAAACCGAUUACAUCUAAAUCUAUACUAAAUAAUUCACCUAGUAAUGUUACGAAUUCAGUGCUACGUAAUCAGGAAAAAAGUGAUUCAAAAUCAUCGGUUUCUAAUUCUUCCCCUUACUUCACUAUCCCCCGAUUAAGACCACCACCACACUCUGCGAAUCCACCUCGGAUAUCCUCGAAUAAUACUUCUGGAUCCAGUAACAAUCAAACAUCAACACGUGGAAAAGUGGAGCCUCCAUGUUGUCCUUCAGAAUUGAUCCGAUCACUUGCAUCGACUCAGAUCAAAAAUGAUAAUAGUUCUAAUUCAACUGUUACUACGACCAGCAAGUUGCCCACAAAUAUCAAUAGUAAUGAUAACAAUUCCCCAAAACCUCAUUUCAAAAGGUCUGAAAAUGAAAUCUCUGAUAAAUUAUCUGAUAUAAUACAAAAGCGUUUAAGUUGGACUGGUCCAACUGAUGAUAAUUCAGCUGGUAAUCAGAAGCGGUCCCAACGAUUAUAUCUACCUACUAUAUUUUCUACAUCAUCUACAGCAUUGGACGAGACUAAUGGUAAUAAUCACUGUGUUCCACCAACAAAACACCACUUGAAAAAGCAUUUAUCAAAUAUUUUAGGAGACUUAGAACGUUUGAUUCGUAUAAAUGAUAAAAAAAUUCCUGGAAAUAUUAUUUCCUCUCCCUCGUCCGCUGCCAUUUCAUCAUCAUCGUCAUCAAAUUUAGAACAGUUAAUUGAGUUAGCAGAUCAAAUGGAAGCAUGUCGACAUAGUUGUUCUGCAUAUAUUGAUCAGGCUACAUGUUCAGCUCGAGCAAAAUUUAAUUUUCGUGAUCGAUUCGCAUGUUUACAAACAUUUAGCAGUUUAUUACGUUCUAAAAAACUCGAUUCUACUUGUAAUAAUAAUACUAAUAAUCUAAGUAAGUACAAUAAAAAUAAUGCAAAUUUAUUAAAAGACGCAGAGAAUGCCAUCAAAGAAAUUAUUAAUGAUUUAGACAAACUAACCGAUAAUGUAAAUACAACAUUAUCAUUAGAUACUACAUUGAAUAAUUCAAAUUUCCCAGAACAUAAACCUAAUUCAAAUUUAGUAACAUCUAAUCAAUCCAAUUUAACUUGUACAGAAAAUCUUAGUAUUACUGACAAUAGAAGCGCUACAGUUUUCACUUGA